CAAACCUCUUGGUUCACUGGACCCUCCUUCCUGCUCCAGCCAUCUUCAGAGGAAACGCAAACAUGUGAGACAUUUGACCUAAUCGAACCUGAAAGAGACUCAGAAAUUCGAUCACAAAUCCAAACCUGUGCUACUUUCCUGGAAGAACCAAUACUAACCUCUGACCGCUUCCAACGCUUCUCCACCUUUGCCUCUCUACUAAGAGGAGUAGCAUUCCUGGUUCACAUGGCAAGAUCCUUCAAACACUCAAACCAAACCAGCAAAUGCAAAGGCUGGCACACAUGCAACUUAUCUCGUACUCCGGAGGAAAUGGACCAAGCAAGGAAUGUUAUCCUUAAAGCAGCACAAAGGAGAGGGUUUGCAAAAGACCUGACGGCUCUCAGAGUCAACAAAACGGUGUCCAAAAACAGUGCUUUGCUGAAACUCAGUCCAACCUUGGAGGACAACCUCAUCUGCGUUGGAGGCAGACUAAAGCACUCCAACCUCGCAACUGCAGUAAAGAACCCAAUAAUUCUGCCCAAGGAUAACCACAUCUCUCUACUUCUCACCCGACAUCACCAUGAGCGUGUGAAACAUCAGGGGCGUCACCUGACAGAAGGAGCGAUCAGAGCAGCAGGACUGUGGAUCUUGGGUGGCAAGAGAUUAAUCAAUUCAGUACUUCAUAAAUGCAUUAUCUGUCGCAGGCUAAGGGGAAAACUGGAAGAACAACGCAUGGCAGACCUGCCACCUGAACGUCUCAAAAUCUGUCCUCCUUUUACAUAUGUGGGGUUAGAUGUUUUUGGACCUUGGUCUGUCACAACCAGACGCACCAGGGGAGGACAUGCAGAGAGUAAGCGAUGGGCCAUCAUGUUUAGCUGUAUGAGUUCAAGGGCUGUACAUGUUGAGAUAAUCGAGUCGUUGGACACAUCCAGCUGCAUAAACGCUCUUCGGAGGUUCUUCGCAUUAAGAGGUCCUGUGAAACAGCUCCAAUCUGAUUGUGGUACCAACUUUAUUGGCGCAUGUAAAGAGCUUAGGAUGGACAAAAUGGUGCAGAAGUACGUCAGCGAGCAGGAGUGUAGCUGGGUAUUCAACCCACCACAUGCUUCUCAUAUGGGAGGUUCAUGGGAACGCAUGAUUGGCAUUGCCAGAAGGAUCCUCGAUUCAAUGUUCCUUCAGCAAAACAUUCGACUGACACAUGAAGUGCUUUGCACACUAAUGGCAGAGGUCACAGCCAUCAUUAAUGCACGACCUCUCGUACCUGUGUCUACGGAUCCUGACGCCCCCUUCAUACUCUCGCCGUCAAUGCUCCUUACACAAAAGACAGGAGUUCCACCUCCACUUGGAGACUUCUCGGACAUGGACCUGUACACAAAGCAGUGGAGACAAGUCCAGGCUCUUGCCAACCAGUUUUGGACCCGUUGGAGCCGUGAAUACUUACCUUCCUUACAACACAGACAGAAAUGGACAUUGGCCCGUAGAAACCUUCAAAUUGGAGAUCUCGUUCUGCUUAGGGACAAGCAGAAUUGCCGCAAUUGCUGGCCUAUGGCAAGGAUUAUCGCCACGUUCCCUGGAAAGGAUGGACAUGUAAGAAAGGUUGAGGUGAAGACAACUGACCAAGGCACUAUGAAGACCUUUCUUAGACCAAUUACGGAGAUUGUUCUACUUCUACCCAAGGACUGAUCAAGAAUGGAAUGUUUCUCUAUGCUGCAAGUUGUA